GCAGGCGCUGACUGGCUGCUCCCUGCUGGAUUACUGAGGUGUGUGUUGCGCUGAGCUGGGCUCAGCGUUACAGGUGGAGCGGAGGAAAAGCUUCCAAAAACACGGAGCUCCGCGUCGCUCGGUCUGAAUAUCGGAGGGAAUACCGACAACUCCCGAAGCGUGAAAAUGAGCUCCUCGGGCAUCCCUCAGCUCUAGCCAGGCAGCAUGGCUCCUGCUCCUCCUUCCAGAGAGGACACCAGCAGCUCAUUAGCACUAUGCUGGAGGCUAACACCGACAUAGACACCCGGCCAACUUCAAGCUGCACCAAAGCAGGCUGAUCUGCUCUCUACAGUCUUGGUUAGACAUCUCAGAGGGACUCCUGCUGCAGAGACACGUGUCCAGCAUUUGGACCAUCCUCCUUCUCUGAUUUGGUGCUUCGGCAGCAGAGCUGGACUGCGCAGCUCCUCGACACUUUGACCUAUCUAGACUCUGAACCAUGUCUCUUCUGUCGGCCCUGAUCACUGUCAGCGGAUUGAUGCUCCAUCUUUGUUUUUGUGUGCUCAGCUCUCAGUACUGUGUCCCACGAAAGACUGUCCCCUACGCGAGUGACCUGAAGUUGUUCAAAGAAGAUGGGAUCUUCAAUUACUCGACUAUGCUGAUCAGAGAUGACGUGGGCGUGGUGCUGCUGGGGGCCAGAGAGGCCAUCUACGCUCUGGAUAUCAGCAACAUCUCAGACAAAAAGUCUGCGGUGUAUUGGCCAGUUACUGAGGAGAAGCAGAGGGAGUGUGCAAACAAGGGAAAGGACCCUGAGGUGGAGUGUCGUAACUACAUUCGAACUCUGCACAGUGUGAACGACACUACAAUUUACGUGUGUGGCACAUACGCCUUUUCUCCUAUCUGUGAUUAUAUGAUGCUUGUUAAUGGGCAGCUGACGCUGAAGGGAAGGCAGGGGGAGGGAAAGGGGAAGUGUCCUUUUGAUCCCUUUCAGAGAUACUCCUCCCUCAUGGUCGGAAAUGACCUGUACGCUGCUACAUCCAUCAACUUCUUGGGUUCUGAGCCGGUGAUCCUGCGCAGCUCCAACUUGGCUCUUCGCACUGAGUUUAAACGCUCUUGGCUCAGUGAGCCUAACUUUGUCUACAUGGACUUUGUGGGCGAGAGCUUUGAAAGUCCUGACGGGGAUGAUGAUAAGAUCUACCUGUUCUUCAGUGAGAAUGCCAUAGAGUACGACUUCUACAGCAAAGUAGUUGUGUCACGAGUCGCCCGUGUCUGUAAGGGAGAUAUGGGUGGCCAGCGGACGCUACAGAAGAAAUGGACGUCGUUCCUGAAAGCACAUCUGGAUUGUCCCUUUCCUAAACCCAGCCUGCCCCCUGUUGUCCAGGAUGUCUUCCUGCUGAAGCACAAGGACUGGAGGAAGAGCGUCUUCUACGCCGUCUUCACUCCUCAGUCGAGUUUGUCUCAGAUCUCAGCAGUCUGUGCCUUCUCUGUCUCUGCUAUUCGAGACAAUUUCAACCAGGGAAAGUUCAAGACACCUGUUGCUGUGGAGACGUCCCAUGUUAAGUGGAUGAUGUACACCGGUGAGGUGCCGGUGCCCAGACCAGGAGCGUGUAUCAACAACGCCGCGCGUAACCUGGGGAUGAAUCGUUCGCUGGACCUUCCAGACAAAACUCUGCAGUUCAUUAGAGACCGGCCCUUGAUGGACGAGGCUGUCUCCCCGGAGACGGGAGUGCCGCUGCUGCUCAAGAAGGGAGCUUUACUCACUCGAAUCGUGGUGGAUAGUGUGCUGGCGCUCAACGGAGAGAGAUACAACGUCAUGUUUAUUGGAACUGAGGAUGGAUUUAUUCAGAAAGCUGUCAACUUUGAUGGAGAGAUGUUCAUCAUCGAAGAGAUUCAGGUGUAUGAAAACCCAGAAGCUAUCAGCAUCCUGCGGCUGUCGUCCAGCAAGGGCCAGUUGUUUGCUGGUUCUGAAUUUGGAGCUGUUCAGAUGCCAGUCAGUAACUGCAGCCGGUACGGGUCUUGUGUGGACUGCAUCUUGUCCAGGGAUCCUUACUGUGCCUGGGACAUGUCCUCCGCACAGUGCGCCCCCGUCUACAGUUUGUCCUCAAAUACUGCAUUACAGAGUCUGAAGGAUGGAAAUGUGUCCCAGUGCCCUGCAUCAGAUCCAGUAGCGGUUGUUGACUUAAACCUGGUUCCAGGAAACAACAUCCAACUGCCUUGCCAACUUCACUCCAACCUGGCACACGUCCACUGGAGAUUCUCCGAUCAACCGCUUCCCUCUACCGACAAAUACUACAUCUACAGCGGAGGCCUCCUCAUCCUAAACGCGUGUGAAUCAGACAUCGGCUUGUAUGCCUGUGACUCGCUAGAGCAGAUAAAUGGCAGAACGUUCAACCGGACCAUGGCGGCUUAUCAUCUACAGCUCUUCUCUGACCCAGAAGAGGUUGUGAGCACCACUCCUGGCACAACAACGGUCCCAAAAACCUUGUUUCUCACUGUGAGUACAACUCGGGAUCCGGGUUGGGACGGCAAGGAGCCGCCGCUCCCGGAGACUCAAAACGACAUGAGCAGGGUGAGCCUACUGGAGGUGGCUGUGGGACUGCUGUCCCUACUAUGCCUCUCCCUCCUUGGCAUCAUAUUUUGGAUCUGGAGCCAAGAGCACUGUAAGUGUUUUAAAUUUACAAAACGCCCCAGAGACGUUGAGAAGAGAAAGCAGUCAGGAGACUACUUCCAGAGCAGAACUUCAGAGAUAAAGCUCCCGGGGCCUGAGUCAGGGAGACUUUGCAGCACCAAUGAUUAUCACACUGCAGUUGACUUCAAAGGGAACGGGAACCACUUCUCACCCAUGGCCAACCUUUCAAGUUUGGACGGUCUGGGGUACAUACACGAUGAGUCAGAGAUUUGACCCUGCUGAGGCACGGACUUCAGGUCUGCAUCGGUGCAAUAGCCACUGUCCUUUAGGUGUUCUACUGAAACAUGGUUUCUUAUUAAGGGUUUUUGGUUUGUUUGAUCAGUGCACUGGUUUUCCUGGGAAAUUUCCUUUACCGUGUAACAUUUCCAUGCUCUCUUCAGGCAGCUGAAAAUCUCUGAGAAAGAUAUUUUUUCCACCCAAAAAGCAGUGGACGAUGGAUUUUUAUAUCUAUAUUUUUGUACUAUGAUAAAUUGUGAAUAUCUUACAUGUAUAUUAUGUACAGCAAUAUUUGUGACUAUUUAUUUGUGGGACUUCACUUUUUAUAUCACGCUAAAACAGCUGGGAUCCAAGCCUUGAAUAAAUAAUCACAAAAAAACUAAAGCGUUUAAACUCCUCAUUAAAGGUUCUGGUGUUUAAUCAGUACAGCACUCAUCUUUCAACAACCUGUGCUUUUGUUUUAGGUUCUGCUUUGGCGUUUCAUCACGGACAUGCCUGUUUGUUAUAAGCUGCAGCAGUUAUACCUCGGAUUCCCUUAUACAAAAAAACAAAAAAAACAUUUUACUCCAGUUUGUGUUAUAUCAGCAUUUAGGGAUUAACUCUUGUUACUGGGGCAUUUUUUGUUGUUGGGAUACACAGCUGUAAUUCAAAUCAAUGCAUAAUGUAGUUUUCUAUGGAAAAUACAUAAAACGUUGGGAAUCAGA